UCUCUUAUUAAUUUGUCAAAAUAUCAUUUUAACAGACACUGCAUUUUAAAUUAUUUUCUCCUUUGUCCUCACCUAGCGGCGCCCUUGGGCUGAGUAGCAGAUUAGAAAAACCAUGAAGUACACAAUACAUAUUCGAUAUUGUAACAAAAACUAGGAUCGAUUUGUAAAUAGCGUUUUGUUACUCAGCGUUAAAAACCCAAGAAAACGAUAAUUUUUUAACCGAUUUAAAAUGGGCUGGGGCACCAGAAUGGAUAGCUGCGGUAGUUGUAUGAAGUACAGCCUCUUUAUCGUCAACUUAGUCAUAUUCGUAGGAGGAUUGAUAGUAGUAGCACUAGGUAUAUGGACCAUUGUCGAUAAAUCUUUCGCAAACCAUCUUCUUGGAACAAACUUAUAUGCUGGAGCAGCGUACAUUCUUCUUGCAACUGGUAUUUUAGUUACGUUCAUAUCCUGUCUUGGUUGCAUGGGCUCCGUCAAAGAAGUCAGAUGUAUGCUUGUUAUUUAUUUCAUAAUAUUAUUCCUAAUCUUCUUAACAAUGCUCAUUGGAGGAAUCCUGGCUUACGUCUUUAGAGAAAAAAUCGACAAUACCAUUAGAAUUGGCAUGGAAAGUUCUCUUAGAGAUUAUGGAAACUAUCAACCAGUCACAAAUGCUUGGGAUGAAACACAAACAAGAUUAAGAUGUUGCGGUAUAUACAGCUACAGAGAUUGGCAAAACCGCAUACCACUAUCCUGCUGCAAGAUGACCGCAAGUGGAGUACGACUUCCAUGUCAAAAUGUAGGCGAAAACAACCAUUUUACCAUAUUUGAACAAGGUUGUCUGAAUGUUACCAAAGAAUACGUCAAAUCACACGCUAUCAUUUUCGGUACGGCAGGGAUCAUCGUAGCAUGUCUGAUGGUUUUGGGGAUGAUUUUUUCAUGCAGUCUCUACAAAUCGAUCGAGUGAAAUUGGAAAAUUUCAUAAUUCAGUGCCAAUCCAAAACUUCCUGGAUAUUUUGUAUCUACCCCAUCCACCUCUGCAAAUUGUACUUAUCGAUGUUACCUUUAAGCAACAUAUCGAGUUACCAAAAGGGAAAUAUUAAAGUUAAAUAUUAUUUUUUUAUAAAUCACUGGAAGAUCUUCACAAAUAAUUUGUUUCAAAAUUUUUUUUUUACAUUUGUUUUCUAUUAUUGCGAUCCUGUAUAUAAUUCACGCAAUCGCACAUAAUUGUAUAAACUUUAAAAUAUAAAUGAAGUAUUAUCUGAUAUUACAAAACGUUGUAAUAUCUAUUUUAUAUUUACAAUAUUGAAUGAAAUGCACAUAAAUCUAUUUUUAAGAAAUUUUUAAAAAAUUGCUUUUUGUGAUGAAAUUGUAUGUAUGUUUUAUAAGAAAUAAAAAAUAUCACAUAUUCUGUAUUUAUACUGUUGUUAUAAUGUUUUAAUAAAUCACUAUUAUUA